AUGACAUAUUGUUCGGGCAUAAGGGCUCAAACGGAAAGACUCGAGGAAAGGAACGCACCAUCGAUGUUACAAGAGGCUACCGAGCGUCUGUCGGUAGUCUGUUCCAGCUUGGGUCUUGGUCGUGCCAUUGGAUGCCUCUACCACGCUCCUGCAGCCGACCAGGUGCCAGGGAAGCCUCAAGGUAGAAAGGUCCUCAAGAUCCGGGCGGCGCAUGGGAGAGCUAGGCGACCGCUGGACAUGGACCGUGGAGCUCUGCCUCUCGACCAGGAGCAAUUCAAGUUCGGGUUCAUGAACCCAACCCUCUCAAACGUAGGCGUCCUCUCUGUCCUUCGAUCACGUUAUUCGGCCAUCAGAAACCUCAACCCAAACCCUCAGAUGACUCUCGUCCGCAAGAUGGUUACCACCACCAAGACUUGUCGAGACCCUACCACCGUCUCGAACUACAACUUCUGGCAGACCAAACACACCAUCGCCGACUUUGCUAUUGACUUCAAGAAGCAACGUCUCACGGGGACCGUGACGCUCACGUUGGAGUCUACCACCGAGAAGCAGUCUGAAGAGAUAAUCCUUGACUCCAGCUUCCUGGAUAUCUCAGAGAUCCGCCUUUGUGGCAUCAAGACGAAAGACUGGGAAGUUGCUAGGAGAUCGGAGCCAUAUGGCAGUCCCCUCCGUAUCAAGGUCCACGGUGGUGCGGCUCGGGGGACUACGCUCGACGUUGCCAUCACUCUCGCCACGACCGACAAAUGCACGUCUCUCCAGUGGCUCCCUCCCGCUCAGACCAGCAACAAGAAAUUCCCGUACAUGUUCUCUCAAAGUCAGGCUAUCCACAACCGAUCCAUCUUCCCGUGUCAAGAUACGCCCGAUGUGAAGAGCACGUAUGACUUCAAGAUCCGCUCGCCUCUUCCUGUUAUUGCCAGUGGUCUGUCUACUGGUGCUUCGGCCUUCCAGCAUGGAGAGGAUGGUGAGAAGGGAACGCUGCUGUAUACGUUCCACCAGGAGAUUCCUAUGCCAUCCUACCUCUUUGCUAUUGCCUCUGGAGACAUUGCAACAGCUGCAAUUGGCCCUCGUUCCCUCGUCUCCACAGGCCCAGAAGAGCUCCAAAGUGCCAAGUGGGAGCUGGAAGAGGACAUUGAAAAGUAUAUUGAAUUUGCCGAGAAGAUCGUCUUCCCAUAUAAGUGGACCCAGUACAACGUUCUGGUGCUCCCGCCCAGCUUCCCGUACGGUGGGAUGGAGAACCCGAUUUUCACGUUUGCUACCCCCACGAUCAUCAGUGGUGAUCGGGAGAACAUCGAUGUCGUUGCGCAUGAGCUUGCUCAUUCGUGGAGUGGAAACCUGGUUUCGAAUGCCAGUUGGGAGCAUAUGUGGUUAAAUGAAGGAUGGACCGUCUACCUUGAACGCCGAAUCUUGGCUGCUGUUCAUGGAGAGCCUCAUCGAGACUUCUCCGCCAUCAUUGGAUGGAAGGCUCUAGAGGACUCGGUCAACAACUUUGGUGCCGAUCACGAAUUCACCAAGCUCGUGAUCGAUCUUCGCGGUAAGGACCCUGAUGACUCGUUCAGCAGCAUCCCAUACGAGAAGGGUUUCCACUUCCUUUACUAUCUCGAGAAACUCGUCGGCAAGCCUAAAUUCGACACCUUCAUCCCCCAUUACUUCAAGAAAUGGUCCGGCAAGUCCCUCGACUCGAAGGAGUUCAAGGAUACCCUCCUCGAAUUCUUCGCUUCCGACAAGAAGGCCUCAGAAGAUCUCGAGAAAGUUGAUUGGCAGAAGUGGUUCCACGCUCCUGGUCUCCCACCGAAGCCCAAUUUUGACACCUCUAUGGUUGAUGGCGUAUACAAGCUAGCCGACAAAUGGACGGACCCUGAUUACCAGCCCAGCCCGGAUGACAUCAAAGACCUAAGCGCCAACCAAAUCGUUGUCUUCCUCGAGAAAGUCCAGUUCUUUGAGAAGCCUCUGUCGCCCGCUCAAUCCCAAGCCAUGGGUAAGGAGUACAAGCUUGCCACAUCACGCAAUGUCGAGCUCAGCAUGCGAUACUUCAGCAUCGGUCUGACAGCUAAGGACGAAACUGUGUACCCGCUCACAGCGAAACUUCUGGGCGAGGUUGGACGCAUGAAGUUCGUCAGACCGCUGUUCAGGGGGCUGAAUAAGGUUGAUCGGAAGUUGGCGCUGGAGACGUUCGAGAAGAAUAAGGACUUUUACCAUCCGAUAUGUAGGCAGAUGGUGGAGAAGGAUCUGAAGCUUGGAGCGUGA